AUGCCUGAGCACGGUCACAGGUCGCUCAGCGACGGGUCUCUGUUCAAGAAGUGGAAGUUGAAGAAGCAUGGCAAGCACAAGAAGAAGAAGGAGGAUGGGAAGUUGCAAUCGCAGUCGCAGUCACAGUCGCAGAUUGCCACACGCCGCGUCCAGGCACCCGCGGGGGACGCACCCGUGCCGGCGGCACUACCACAGAUCAAAUUGAACCUGCCCGAUAUCGCAUCCAUCCGGACGAGCAGGUCAGCAGCGAGGAGUAGACCGCUUGCCGGUGCGGAACAAGACGACGGGUCCACCGAGUCCGAGGGGUCUCGCGGCGCACUUGACCUUGCGUUUGUGCCCAGGAGGUCGUUGCAGAAUUCGGCGGCCGGGGUUACGAGAAACUCGGCUGUUGGGCAACCACACGGGUUCUUCAACAUCCCAGUGCCUAUCGACUCGCACGGGGAUCACCAGUCGUCAUUGACUGCCGCAUCGUCAGCCAAAUCUGCUCCACCACUAAACAACAACACAGCCCAACCACACCGCACACAGGUACAACACCCUCCGACUCAACUACAACAAUCGCAACCGCCAGAGAGGGACACGUCUACGGGGAGUAUCGUGGGGACUAUCUUGUCAAUGGCUCACAACGCAAUCGGACACCUCCCGCGCGGGGCAGCACACACAGACGGUCCCAUCCAGAGUAUCAACGGGACAAGCACCCCAGAGGAAAGUUCCCCCGUGAGAAGGACCCGUCACGCAGGACAACCCACCAUGGACGACUCCACAAUUGAGAACACGGUUAUCCACCGCAUUCCGAACGCUCAGCAUGCCGGAGACGGAACCACAGGGCUAGAACAACCACCACCGGUUAAAUCUGAUCUUCAGGGACCACCUGUGAACAGGAGCGGGUCGUUCCUGCGGAACCUGGACUAUUUGCUCUCGCCAACAGCUGCAGAUAUAGACAACAUAGAGGAUAACAAGUUGCUCGCGGACGCAAACCCGGACCCAAGACACGCAUUGGAAAGAGCAGAGACUGGGAAAUUCACCAUAGCGGAUAACUCCUCCAAUAAAGUCACUUUCGAGGCCGCCACGCAGGGGUCGAAAGACUCUGCAGGAGAUCUGAGGGAUAGUGUCCCACAGCAGGCACAGGUUCAGCCGCUGCGGGAGGGACAAAACUCCGUAUUGCCCCAAAUCAAACAGGUAUCGGAUGAUCUGGGGGGCAGUGCAAAGAGACCUGCGAUAACAAGCCUUGGGAGCGGGAACCUCACGUUGGACAUCUUCACAAACGAUAACAACACGGACGAGAUGUCGUCGAUGGACCAGCCAAGGAGGAGCACCGAGACAGUCGCUAACGGACAACUGCACCACGAGAAUGCCUCAUCUCAAGGUAUACUGAGACCUGCGCUCGCGAAUAACUACUCGCAGUCGCAACGGAACAGCAGCUACAUUGACGUGACUAAGCACAACCCGAUCAACUUGAGCGUAUCGACGGCAAGCAGAGUGAGAAGCAAAACCAUGCCCACAAACGACAUGAACAACGUGCACGCAAACGAGCCCGUUCAGCCGAGAAGCUCAGAACAGGGGAAAAGAAACUCGGUACACUCGGUCACAUCAACCUCAGAGGAGAAUACCUCCUCUAGGGGUAGAAAACCAAGGACCUCAUCCAAAAACUUCCUCAACAGAAGAUCGUUCUCCCCGGGGAACAUCUCUAAAGUGGUCGUACCCUCUCUGGGACUCAGAAACUCCAUGAGCAGGGUGAAAAACAACCUGGACGUAUCGGAGAGCCUGGGCCAGCAGAGAACCCGCAUGAGCACAAACUUCUCAGGGGGGGCCAACCCGGUCGUCAACGUAGACUACAGCAAGCCCACAGAGUUGAAGGGACUCGACUACGCCUCCGAGAAACGCAACAUCGAGUUCCACAACCUGUUCAAGGAAGCAGACCUCAGUUCACACGAGAGACUCAUUGUAGACCACAGCUGCGCACUUUCGAGAGACAUUCUAUUACAGGGCCGCAUCUACAUAUCGGACCAGCACCUGUGUUUCUACUCGAAUAUCCUUGGCUGGGUUAGUACAGUCAUCAUACCGUUCAAAGAGAUCGUACAGAUCGAAAAGAAGACCACCGCGGGGAUAUUCCCUAACGGGAUAGUCAUAGACACUCUCCACACAAAAUACGUUUUCGCAUCUUUCAUUUCCAGAGACUCCACUUUCGACCUCAUCACAGACGUUUGGAAUCAGAUCAUAUUGGGUAGAAGGUACUUGAAGGACGGCGAAGACGGUGAAGUACCCAUGGACUCACAUAGCUCGUACAGCUUAUCAGGGUUCGAUGGAGGGCUUGGCGAGGACGAUGAUGGCGACGAGGAAGAUGACGACGACGAUGAGGCCUUUGAUGACGAUGAUGACGACAACGCUUCGCUCUUGGGUGUGGAAACUGACAUGACAUCCAGUGACGAACUGAAUCCAGACGAACUGCCCUCAUCCAAGGGUAAGCUGGUGCCCUUCCCGGGUCCAGUGAAACAUUCACCCACAUCGAUGGACUACAAACCCGUAGAUAACGAAAAACUCGUCAGCGAAACCGUUAUAGAUGCACCACUGGGGCAAGUAGCAGAGGUGUUAUACGGCGACGACGUUUCCAGAUUGGAGCUUAUCCUCAAGAGCCAGAAGAACUUUGAUCUGUCACCUAUCCCAAAAUUACUAAAGAACAAAACCAGGGACUAUAAUUACUACAAACCGCUGCACUUCGGGUUUGGACCUAACAAAACCAAAUGUUUAAUCACAGACACAGUUGAACACUAUGACUUGAACGACUAUGUCCAAGUGUAUCAGGAAUCUAAGACUCCUGAUGUGCCUUCCGGGAACUCCUUUACAGUCAGAAUUAACACGAUCAUGACAUGGGACUCGGAUAACACUACGAAGGUCACGGUAUAUUUCCUUUGUGAGUGGAGCUCCAAAAGUUGGUUGAAAAGUGCUAUUGAAAAGGGCGCAUUCGAUGGUGUUUUGGAGACCACCAGGAUUCAAAACGUGGAGCUCGCAAAUUUCGCCAAGAACCAAUCUCCAAAGAUCAGCAAAAGAAGUUCAUCCAAAAGGGCAGGAGGGGAGAAGCCCUCUGAGGACGACAUUGUCUCCUCUUUACCAACACUGGGGCCCCCUACUCAUGACCCUACGGAACCUGAAUACUUAAAGAGCAAAGAGGAUAUCAUCAUCGAACAAUCUGUCAAUUUCAAUGCUCCGCUGGGAACUGUCUUCCAAAUGCUUUACGGUGACGAUACUUCAUACUUGAAGAACAUCAUUGAGAAGCAGAACAAUUUCGACAUUUCCAGUAUUCCUAAAUUUGUCAACAAUGAAAGAGAGUACACGUACACUAAACGGUUGGGGAACGCGUUGGGUCCCAAACAGACUCGGUGCACAUUGAACGAGAAAAUUGAACAUAUGGAUAUUAACAGUUACAUCGCCGUCAGGCAGACAGUAAAAUCGCACGACGUACCUUACGGUAGUGUCUUUACCGUUCACACAAGAAUGUUUUAUUCUUGGGGUCCAAAUAACACUACCAACAUGCUUGUGGUGCUGAAUGUUGUUUGGUCCGGUAAGUCUCUAUUAAAGGGUACAAUCGAGAAGGGCUCUAUCGACGGUCAGAAGGCAGGCACAAAAGUUCUAGUGGAGACAUUGAAUGAAAUAAUUACUAAUGGUUCCAAGAAAAAGGCUAGAAAGAGAUCAAAAACGACAACAAGAGGCAGUUCCACUAGAUCGAAAUUAUCGACACCAAAACAUAAUACAACAGCUGCAACUAGCAGCAACGAUGCGGAUUCGGGUAUGCUCUCCACUGUUAUCUCAAUGAUUGAAAACUUCAACAUCCCAUUUGUGUCCGGUAACAUUGCAGUAGCAAUUUUAGCCGUGUUCUUCAUACUGGUAUUAACCUACAUGUUGGGUCGUUCCUCAAACAGACACGCUUUCGAACUGGCUGGACCGGGCAGGAUAUUAAUCGACGGUCAAGAAUUUUCAUAUAUUCCAAACUUCAAAACACUAUAUCAAGUUUACGAAGACGAAGUUAGGAAAACAGUGAAGGAUAUUGACAGUGAUAAGGCCAACGCUGUACGAAAAUCACAAGGAGACAUAUGGGACUGGAUUGAUGACCGUAGCAAUGGUGCAUGCGGUCAUAAAAUGGAUUCGGGACUUGUCUCGAGGCGGCUUCGGGAAAAAGCCAUGCGGAAUACUGGCAAGGGUAAAAAGGCCAAACAAUUGAAAAAUUCCAUCGAAGUCACUGAAUUACAACUGCAGGAAAUGAGGGAAAUGCUGAGCCGGUUGCAAGACUGA